AGGGGAUUGUCGACUGUGGUGACGCAAUGGAGACAGCUGAUUCCCGGAUCACGUGACGGUGCUGUCAUCUAACAUCUUGUAUCGUCUCGUUCAGGAUAGGAAAUUAAACACGUGUUCUCGAUUAAAGUGACAAAAUGGCUCAUGCGUUUAAAAAUUGUUCAAACCUAAUGGUCACCGGAGCCAGUCGAGGCCUCGGGCUGCAGAUAGUUGAGAGUCUGGUAACAGGAGGCUUCUCUCCCGGGAAGAUUAUCGCUACUGCUCGCAAUCCAGAUGGAGCCAAGGAAUUGCAAAUGCUGGCAGAAGAACAUCAAAACAUACACAUUAUUAAACUGGAUGUUACAUGUCAGGAGAGUAUAGAGAGAGCUGCAUCUGAGGUGGAACAGCUUGUUCAAGAGGAAGGUCUGAACUGUCUCAUCAACAAUGCUGGAAUUAAUGUAGUUGCCAACCUUGAGACAGUCACCGCAGACAAGAUGUUGGAAAACUUCCAUACCAACUCUGUUGCCCCGUUGAUGAUCACCAAGACCAUGCUCCCACUGCUGAAGCGAGCAGCUGCAAAGGGCACAGGGAUGGGCAUCCACAGAGCAGCAGUCAUCAAUAUGACAUCUCUGCUGGGUUCAGUUGAGCUGUACUGGGGUGAUCGUGCAGACACCUUCAAAUGGUACCCAUACAGAACAUCAAAGAGUGCACUGAACAUGGUCACCAGAUGCUUGGCAGUGGACCUGGAGGCGGAUGGGAUCCUGUGUAUGGCUCUGCACCCAGGCUGGGUACGCACUGAUAUGGGUGGGACCUGAAGUGAGUCCUUUCUUCUAUCUGCACCAUUGAGCCCCGAGGAAAGCAUUUCCUGUGUGUUGUCUGUGAUUGGUGGUUUGACCGAAAAGGAUCAUGGGUCAUUUCUUCACUAUACUGGUGAACAACUACCCUGGUGAUGCUGCAGAUGUUUUUAGAUGCGAGAAAUAGAGGCUUUAUUUUUGUUUUGCUAUACAUGUAUGUACAGUACGUAUGUAUGUAUAUUUACAUAUUUAAUAAUCAACAUUCUUGUUCAGGGUUAUUUUUUAUUAUCCCUGCUUAUGAAAUGUUAUUUUAUUAUUUGGCAUGGUGAAUGUGACAGCAAUAAGAGCGGAUCAUGAUUAAAUUAUUUUGACAUAUUGGCAUUAAAAGCACUGAAAUAAUGAUAACAUCUUGUCUGGUAAAUAAUAAACAAUCUUUUCACCACUUAUUCUUGUUUAACUGCAACAAACAGCCAAAACUGUAAAUAACAUUCAGUAUUUAAGUUAUAAUUGUAAAGUUCAGCAGGGUAUGACAGUCCUCAGAAAAGGGACAACAAAAACUACCUUUUAUAGCCUAUUUAUUUAUUAUUUAUUUAUAGCUUUGUAAAGCAUAAAAAUGUUGUAUGUUGCUUUUCACAUUAAGACUGUACUGAGUUUGCUAUUAUUGUUAAAUCAUAAAACUGUAUAUGCAUGAAUAAAGCUGUAUUCUGUAACAUC